CCAACAGGUUGUCUCUUGGGAAUUUUCCGACCUCUGCCCCGGCCGAAUUGCCGCUUACGAUGCGAAUCGUCUCCUCGUUUUAGAUGCGAUAACUGGAUCACUGGCUUAUAUUGCUUGGUCACCAGGGGAAGCGACUCCAAGUCUCUACAGAAUCACGAAACCGUCCGAACACUUGAGAAUCGAGCUAAUCUGUACCACAUUCCGACGUCGGCCUGGCAUUGAGCAGCUUGAUCAGAAUGACUUGGGCCAAUUGGCCUACUUCACAGCGAACGUAUUAUUUUCUAUUGUUCGCUUUUUUGCUGUCAUCAGUCGGGCUGCUUCCUUCAGAACUGCUUCUGCUGUUACUAUCAAUUCUCCCUUGUAA